UCCUCCAACGGCCAUUCCCACACUCUCUCUCCUCAUCUCUCUGUUCCAAAAUGGAGAUUUUCACAACAAAAUCAGUGCCCAACACUUCCCCCAUUUUCCCCAUUCCUCAACCUCAACACUUUACCGACUACGGCUUUGAACCUCAACUCGACUACUUUCAGGUUUUGGAAGAAGCUCGAAAGCAGAAGAGGGAGAGAUCCAUAGACCUCCAUUUCAAGCUGCAGAAGCCCAUCUCCAAAGACGAAUCCUCCAAGAAAAUCAAGAAGACCAAGAAGCGGUGGUGGCGCAACGCCCUUCACUUCUUCAAGCCUCCCAAAGUGGCGCCUCCGGUCGCCGACGGCCGCUGCUCAAUCCACCGCAUAUCGAGCCCAAUUUACAUCACCGAGAGCAGGAGCGGCGCCUCCACACCUUACAGGAGGCACGGUGAGGCCGCGGGUGUCCCGUAUUUCAGUCUCCGGGAGCUGAAUGCGGCGGAAUCCCACCGGAUUUCUGUGGCGGAGAUGCCAAUUUACUUGGUCACGUGAUGACUGACUUGAGCUUUUGUUUCAAGGAGAUUUUUUUAGCUUUCCUAUGUAACCUUUUUUGACUCGAUUUGUUUAUUUCAAGUUGGGAAUGCCACUCUCUAUUUAUUUGCAGAGAGGAAUUGUUGUUUAAAAAAAUUAAGAGAAAAGAAGAAGAAGAAUGUGAUUGUAAUAUUGUAUUGAUUGGGAAUGCAAUUUGGCUGUGCUUGUUUUUUGCUAAA